CAAACUAGAUCCCCUUUCAGUGUGUUGUUGAAGGAAGCGAGUGUUAACGUUUGCUACUUAGCAAGUGUCGGGCCUAAACGGCCAUUAAGAGACAGAUUACAUGAAUUAGCUAUUUUUGAUCAAUUUUAAAGCUAUCGGAUUAUUUUAUUUUUCUCAUGGCUCAAGCGAUCCAUUCCGGACAGAGAGGAUUUUUGGACUUCAGUCCAACGAGGAGAGACGACGCAGAUAAAGAGAACGAUGUUCCCGUCCUGAGUUUGAUCCAGUUUUCAAAGGCUCCAUUUGUAACGUUUGGAUCAGUAAAGCUGGGCACCUCCAGGUCGGCUGUCCUGAGGAUUGAGAACCCCACAGAGUAUGCUGCAGCGGAGGUCGCUGUUGACAAGAUCCCUUCAAAUAAAGGCUUUUCAGUGGACUGCAGCACGUUCACCAUCCAGCCUGGGGGUUCAUUCAGUUUGGUGGUCACCUGGACGCCAACCGAAGAAGGUGGGAUCAGAGAGCUCAUCAUCUUCAAUGCCAAUGGUGUCCUCAAACACCAGGCUAUUCUGCUGGGCAGAGCAGAGGCACCAAAAAAGAAAAAGAAGAGCUUAUGGGACACGAUCAAAAACAAGAGAGAGGGUGAAAAAGUGGGCAGGAAGGUAACACAGCCCCCUCUGAAGAUGGCAGCCAAUAAGACCUUCCAAGUGUCCCGAAAGCCGCAGUACCAACGGGACAAACCCCGCAGCCCGCUUGCUUCACUUAAUGAGGGUAAAGGUGCCAGGGAGAAGUCCCUCACAAAGCACAGCCCCAUCGAGGAUUGCUGUCUGAAAUCAGAAGAGCAGAAAACCUUAAAUCUGAGCCAAGAGCAACAGUCUCUGGUCUUACCAGAAAAGGAGAACAUCCAUCAAAUUCAUAGGAGCUCCCCUCUUGUUCUUCUUGUCCCGGCUGCAAAGGUGAUAGACUCUGGUAACAUGUCUGCAAGCCCAGACGUCCUUGCAGGAAAACCUGAAAACAAAGAUUUUACCAAAAUCCUCAACAGGACACUGUCUCCAAUCGGGACGCCAGACAGGUUUAAGAAGCUGAUGCCUUGGAUUCAUUCAGAAAAUCCACUUCCUGCUACUGUAAAUUCUGUGGCUGCUGCUGCUGACACUGAGUUACCUAGAAGCCCGAUCCCAUCUUUGAAAGAUGCUCUGACCCUCAUCGAUUCUGAUCUGAUCCAUAUUAACACCAGUCCUCGAGACAAUAAUUCAAGUUGUGACUUUUCAGAUUCCCUGGAGUCUAACAGUGAAAAAACUGGCUGUGGACCUGACAAAGAUGUCGUCAAAGGGUUAGCUGAUUGCCCAGAGCUGUCAGAGUCCAGUGAGCCAAGACUUACUUUCUUUGUCAGCAAAAAAGUUCACCAAGUGAGUGAGGCUGGCUUUUCAGAGGCUGAUGAAGUUACUGUAAGGAUAAAAAAAGGUUCUUUCGUCACUACUACAGUGAUAAAGAAUAAGGCACCAGUGGAGGCAAACAGUUUGAGUGGAAGGAAAAUAAAGAAGUCGCGACGAAGGCUCCUGGAGAAAACACUCGAGCUGUCUGAUGGCAGCAGUCCGUGUGAGUCUGGUCCAGGAACUCCUAGCCUUCCUGUCAUAGACUCGGACACAGGAGUCAGCCCGUGUGACGACAGGCCUCCGAUCCCAGAGUUUAUCUCCUCCAGCCUGACCCUGAGGCUUGCUGCCUCACCUGCACCCAUCACCUUCCCUAUCUCCUCCUCUCUACCUGUGGCUCCUUCUCACUGCUCUUUCUCAAUAACUUCCUCCCCUCCUUCAGUCUCUGCACUCACUGCUUUUACCGUCACGUCUCCAACACCUGUCGGCUCAUCUUCUCCUCAUCACUGUGGCCUUUUGUCGAACUCUAAAGUAUACGAGCAGCCCGCAACUGUUUUGACACCUCCUCAUGUUCAGGAAGAGUCGUUUCCCAUUCAUGUGGUGGCAAAGAGUAAGAAGAGGAAGAGUGAGGAGUUUUUGAAAAUUGAUGGGAAGAUCGAGGAUGAUAGGAAAGCCGAGCAGGUCAAAAGGAGCAGGGUAGUGACUGGGAAAACCGAGCCCUCCAGAUCAAUCCAGGAGCGGAGAGGUGGCUCACAGCGGCAGAGAGCAUCAGGCUCAGUACGCUCAAUGACUGCAUCAUCUCUAAAGACUACGAGGUCUGCAGUUCCUGCCCAGGCUAAGCAACCAAGUUCCAAAGCCAUCUCACGAGGUGCUCCCUCUCUAAAGACUCCCUCUAUGAAGACGGCAAAAGUGGUUGCUGUAGCACAGUCGAAGCUGACCUUUAUUAAGCCUGCACAAACAGCUUUACCGAGACACCCGAUGCCGUUUGCUGCCAAGAACAUGUUUUAUGACGAGAGGUGGAUAGAGAAGCAGGAGAGGGGGUUCACAUGGUGGAUCAACUAUGUCCUCACCCCGGAUGACUUUAAAGUCAACACUGAAGUCGCCAAAGUAAAUGCUGUGUCCCUCACUAUGGGCAGUGACGACAAGUUCAGUGUGCCCAAAGCUCCCACCAAAGAGGAGAUGUCUUUCAGCACCUACACAGCCAGACGCAAGCUAAACCGCCUCCGUCGCUCCGCCUGCCAGCUGUUCACAUCUGAGACCAUGGUCAAGGCUAUUCAGAGGCUCGAGCUGGAGGUGGAGGCCCGACGGCUGCUUGUCAGGAAAGACCGCCACCUUUGGAAGGACAUAGGUGAACGCAGAAAAGUCCUUAACUGGCUCCUCUCAUACAACCCGCUGUGGUUACGGAUUGGACUUGAGACGAUCUAUGGGGAGCUAAUCUCGCUGGAGAGCAACAGCGACACCUUGGGCCUGGCUAUGUUCAUACUCCAGCGGCUGCUGUGGAACCCAGACAUCGCUGCAGAGUUCAGACACCCCCGAGUGCCUCACCUUUACAGAGAUGGCCAUGAGGAGGCGCUGUCCCGCUUCACUUUGAAGAAGCUUCUGCUGCUCGUGUGCUUUCUGGACAAAGCCAAAGAGUCACGGCUCAUUGAACACGACCCCUGUCUGUUCUGUGUUGAUGCAGAGUUCAAGGCAAGUAAAGACCUGCUGCUGGCCUUCUCGAGGGACUUCCUGAGCGGCGAGGGGAUCCUCCCGCGGCAUCUCAGCUACCUCGGGUUACCCGUCUCCCACGUUCAGAGGCCUCUGGAUGAGUUCAACUUUGCCGUGAAGAAUUUGGCAGUUGACUUAAGAUGUGGCGUUCGUCUCGUGCGUGUGAUGGAGCUCCUCGCCCAGGACUGGAGUUUGUCUGUGAAGCUCCGUCUGCCGGCCAUCAGCCGCCUGCAGAAGGUCCACAACGUCGACAUCGCUCUGCAAGUUCUCAAAAGCAAAGGGAUCGACCUCAAGGAUGAACACGGCUCAACCACUGAUUCAAGAGACAUUGUGGACGGACACAGAGAAAAGACACUGAGCCUCCUGUGGAAAAUCAUCUUUGCAUUUCAUGUGGAGGUGAUUCUGAAUGAGGACCAGCUCAGGGAGGAGAUCGGCUUUCUGAAGAGAACCCUGAGGACCAAACGGAGGCUGGCCUCUCUGAAGGCCGAUCGGGGUCUUCGGCCGACGCCUGUGAAGACCAGGGUGCCGUAUGAACACAGCAGCAGCAAAAUGACCCUGCUCAUGGACUGGGUCCGUGCUGUGUGCGACUUCUACAACCUGCAGGUGGAGAACUUCACUGUGACGUUCUCGGAUGGCCGCGUCCUCUGCUACCUGAUCCACCACUACCACCCGGGUCUCCUGCCAGGAGCGUCUGUCAGUCACCGCACCACUCAGACUGUCGAGUGCUCACCGAGGGGCCGGCUGGAGCUCAGCUGCUCAGCCAGCGACUCUGACAGCUCCUUUGACUCCCUGCCCACAGGCCCAAACGCAGGCCCAGCUUCACCAUCGCUGGAGUUUAAAGAGCUACUGGAGAACGAGAAAAACAACUUCAGACUGGUCAACGGUGCAGUGGCUUUUCUGGGUGGUGUGCCCGCCAUGAUCAACCCGGCUGACAUGUCUAACACAAUCCCCAGUGAGAAGGUUGUGAUGUCCUACCUGUCCUUCCUGUGCGCUCGUCUGUUGGACCUGCGGAAUGAAACCAGAGCGGCGCGGGUCAUACAGGGCGCCUGGAGGAAAUACAGGCUCAAGAAAGAUCUCGAGCUCUACAAGGAAAGAAACAUGGCUGCCAUGAAAAUCCAAGGACUGGUAAGGAGUUUUCUCCAGAAGUGCAGAGCUGAGAGGCAGAAUCAGGCUGCUGUCGUCAUCCAGAGCUUGUGGAGAGGUUACGUAGCCCACAAAAGGCUGAGACUUAGAAAAGAGGCUCAUCUUCGGGCUGUGCAGCACGAAGCAGCAACCCUCAUCCAGGCUCAGUGGAGGAUGUUUUCAACCAUGAGGGCUUACCAGCGCCUCAGAUAUUAUACUAUUGUUGUCCAAGCACAAUGGCGAAUGAGGAGGGCAGCCUCUGCUUAUGGAAAAAUCUACUGGGCAGCAACAGUCAUUCAGAAGUAUUCACGAGCAUGGGUCUUUUCAAGAAGAGAUCGGGCACAUUAUCUCUUACUUAGGACUGCUGUGGUAACAAUGCAAAGAGGCUACAGAAGAUGGAAAGCUCAGAAGAUACAAAAGGAAACCCGCGCGGCCGAAGUGAUACAAGCUGCAUUUAAGAAGUGGUGCUGGAAAAAAAUGGAAAGAUCCGCUGCUGCUGUCAGAAUUCAGUCCUGGUACAGAAUGCAAAUGUGUCUCCGUCAGUACAGAAAGAUCAGGGGAAGUGCUGUGCUCAUUCAAGCCCAGUACAGAGGCCAUGCACAGAGGCGCCGCUUUCACGUGUUGAAACUGCAGCACCACUGUGCUGUUGUCAUCCAGAGUGCCUUCAGAGGGCAUGUUGUCAGAAAGGAGGUGGCAGAGAUGAGCUGCGCUGCAGUCGUAAUCCAGCGCUGGUUCAGAGCCUCCCGCACAAGAGACAUAGAAAGGAAAAAGUUUGUCAGGAUGAAAUGUGCUGCUGUUACCAUACAGGCAGCUUAUCGUGGGAAAGCUGCCCGAGAGUGUCUGAAAAAACAGCACAGGGCAGCAGCUGUGAUCCAGGCGACUUUUAGGAAGUACACUGCCCAAAGGCGCUACUUGCGCUUGAAAAGAGCUACAGUUAAGAUGCAGCAAAAGUAUAGAGCAACAGUUUUGACUCACAAGACAAGGAAUGAAUAUAAUGCUCUUAGGGCUGCUGUGCUCACUGUACAAGCUAACUGGAGAGGUAGAGUGGACAGGAAGAGGAUAGAAAAGUGGCACCAGUGUGCAUCUCUUAUACAGGCCUAUUAUCGUCGGCACAAAGUGCAAGCAGAGUACAGAUCCAAGAAGUCAGCAGCUGUGGUUAUACAGAACCAUUACAGAGCUUUUUUGGCUGGAAGGAAGAUGAGGAAAGCAUACCUAGAGAAGAAAGCAGCAUGUGUUACUCUCCAAGCUGCAUUCAGAGGCAUGAGGGUUAGGGGAGAGCUGAAGAAAAGGCACCAGGCAGCGACUGUCCUUCAGGCUUCAGCCAGAAUGUUUUUAUGUAGGAAGCGUUAUUUCCUCCUUCAGGGUGCAGCAGUUGACAUCCAACGCCGAUACAGAGCUCUUCUGCUGUGCAGGGUGCAGCAAAAUGAAUUCAGAAAACUAAAGCAGGCCACCAUAAAGAUACAAGCUGUCUUUCGGGGGUUUAGAGUAAGGCAGGAUCUAAAGAAGAAACACAAUGCAGCCAAAACAAUCCAAGCACAGUUCAGGAUGUACAGAACCCGUAUGGCUUACCUUGCCAUCAAGUGUGCUGCCAUCAUUAUUCAGGAAAGGUACAGGGCCAAAAGGCUCAGGGAGCAACAGAUGCAGCGAUAUAAAUGUGCAGCUGUAGUAAUCCAAGCAGCAUACCGUGGCCACAGGGCCAGGAGGAAGAUUGCUGAAAUGCACCGAGCUGCUACAGUCAUCCAGAGAAAGCUUUUGGCCAUCCGAGAUAGAAAGCAGUUCCUAGCUGUCAGGGAGGCAGUUUUGGCCUGUCAGAAGAGGUACAGAGCAGUGACCCUGGCAAGAAAAGUGCACCUGGAUUAUCUGUCAAAGCUAAGGGCAGUUGUUUGUCUGCAGGCAGCCUACAGAGGUUAUGUAGUUCGAAAGCAGCUGCAUAUCAAGCAUGUGGCAGCUAUAAAGAUUCAGUCUCACUUUAGAAUGUACCAACAGAGAACCAGUUACAAGAGGCUCCGCUGGGCCUCAAUUGUAUUGCAAGCACGUUACAGAGCUAACAAAACAAUGAGAGCAGAGGUGCACGCCCUGAGUGUUAAGAAAAAUGCAGCUGUUGUCUUACAAGCUGCCUUCCGUGGGAUGAAAUCCAGACAAAUGAUCAGAGAAAGGCAUCAAGCUGCCAGUGUUAUCCAGAGAGCUUACAGAGCCCACUGUGAACGCAGGGAGUAUCUGACUCUGAAAUCUUCUGUGCUGACCCUUCAGAGAAGAUAUCGAGCCUCUGUAGCAGCAAAGGAACAAACACAAAGAUAUCAAAAACUGCGCAGAGCUGCUGUUGUCCUUCAGGCAGCAUACAGAGGGCAGCAGGUCAGAAAGGAAGUUAUUCGUUGGCAUCGGGCUGCUACUGUGAUCCAGUCCGCUUUCAGAAAGCUCAGAGAAAAAGCCAAAUUCCAGGCCAUGCGUCUGUCUGCCAUUAUCAUCCAGAGACGCUAUCGGGCUGCUGUUCUUCAGAGGAGAGAAAGGGGAAAGUUCCUGAAAAUGAGACAUUCUGCUGUCGUCCUUCAAGCAGCUUUCAGAGGUCGUCGUGUCAGGACUGCCAUUGCCAUGAUGCACAGGGCAGCCACUGUCUUUCAGGCAAACUACAGGAGACAUCAACAACAAUCAGCAUUCAGGAGACAGCGGUGGGCAGCCUGUGUCUUACAGCAGAGGUUCAGAGCUCAAAGAACCAGAAACUUGGAGGUAAAACAUUAUCAGGAGGUUAGAAACGCUGCCAUCGUUCUACAAGCUGCCUUCCGUGGAAUGAAAUCCAGACAAAUGAUCAGAGAAAGGCAUCAAGCUGCCAGUGUUAUCCAGAGAGCUUACAGAGCCCACUGUGAACGCAGGGAGUAUCUGACUCUGAAAUCUUCUGUGCUGACCCUUCAGAGAAGAUAUCGAGCCUCUGUAGCAGCAAAGGAACAAACACAAAACUAUCAAAAACUGCGCAGAGCUGCUGUUGUCCUUCAGGCAGCAUACAGAGGGCAGCAGGUCAGAAAGGAAGUUAUUCGUUGGCAUUGGGCUGCUACUGUGAUCCAGUCUGCUUUCAGAAAGCACAGAGAAAAAGCCAAAUUCCAGGCCAUGCGUCUGUCUGCCAUUAUCAUCCAGAGACGCUAUCGGGCUGCUGUUCUUCAGAGGAGAGAAAGGGGAAAGUUCCUGAAAAUGAGACAUUCUGCUGUCGUCCUUCAAGCAGCUUUCAGAGGCUGGCGUGUCAGGACUGACAUUGCCAUGAUGCACAGGGCAGCCACUGUCUUUCAGGCAAACUUCAGGAGACAUCAACAACAAUCAGCGUUCAGGAGACAGCGGUGGGCAGCCUGUGUCUUACAGCAGAGGUUCAGAGCUCAAAGAACCAGAAACUUGGAGGUAAAACAUUACCAAGAGGUUAAAAACGCUGCCAUCGUUCUACAAGCUGCCUUCCGUGGAAUGAAAUCCAGACAAAUGAUCAGAGAAAGGCAUCAAGCUGCCAGUGUUAUCCAGAGAGCUUACAGAGCCCACUGUGAAUGCAGGGAGUAUCUGACUCUGAAAUCUUCUGUGCUGACCCUUCAGAGAAGAUAUCGAGCCUCUGUAGCAGCAAAGGAACAAACACAAAGAUAUCAAAAACUGCGCAGAGCUGCUGUUGUCCUUCAGGCAGCAUACAGAGGGCAGCAGGUCAGAAAGGAAGUUAUUCGUUGGCAUUGGGCUGCUACUGUGAUCCAGUCCGCUUUCAGAAAGCACAGAGAAGAAGCCAAAUUCCAGGCCAUGCGUCUGUCUGCCAUUAUCAUCCAGAGACGCUAUCGGGCUGCUGUUCUUCAGAGGAGAGAAAGGGGAAAGUUCCUGAAAAUGAGACAUUCUGCUGUCGUCCUUCAAGCAGCUUCCAGAGGCUGGCGUGUCAGGACUGCCAUUGCCAUGAUGCACAGGGCAGCCACUGUCUGUCAGGCAAACUUCAGGAGACAUCAACAACAAUCAGCAUUCAGGAGACAACGGUGGGCAGCCUGUGUCUUACAGCAGAGGUUCAGAGCUCAAAGAACCAGAAAUUUUGAGUUAAAAAAUUAUCAGGAGGUUAGAAAUGCUGCCAUUAUUCUACAAGCUGCCUUCCGUGGAAUGAAAUCCAGACAAAUGAUCAAAGACAGGCAUCAAGCUGCCAGUGUAAUCCAGAGAGCUUACAGAGCCCACUGUGAAUGCAGGGAGUAUCUGACUCUGAAAUCCUCUGUGCUGACUCUUCAGAGAAGAUAUCGAGCCUCUGUAGCAGCAAAGGAACAAACACAAAGAUAUCAAAAACUGCGCAGAGCUGCUGUUGUCCUUCAGGCAGCAUACAGAGGUCAUCGUGUCAGGACUGCCAUUGCCAUGAUGCACAGGGCAGCUACUGUCUUUCAGGCAAACUUCAGGAGACAUCAACAACAAUCAGCAUUCAGGAGACAACGGUGGGCAGCCUGUGUCUUACAGCAGAGGUUCAGAGCUCAAAAAACCAGAAACUUGGAGGUAAAACAUUACCAAGAGGUUAAAAACGCUGCCAUCGUUCUACAAGCUGCCUUCCGUGGAAUGAAAUCCAGACAAAUGAUCAGAGAAAGGCAUCAAGCUGCCAGUGUUAUCCAGAGAGCUUACAGAGCCCACUGUGAAUGCAGGGAGUAUCUGACUCUGAAAUCCUCUGUGCUGACUCUUCAGAGAAAAUAUCGAGCCUCUGUAGCAGCAAAGGAACAAACACAAAACUAUCAAAAACUGCGCAGAGCUGCUGUUGUCCUUCAGGCAGCAUACAGAGGGCAGCAGGUCAGAAAGGAAGUUAUUCGUUGGCAUCAGGCUGCUACUGUGAUCCAGUCUGCUUUCAGAAAGCUCAGAGAAGAAGCCAAAUUCCAGGCCAUGCGUCUGUCUGCCAUUAUCAUCCAGAGAUGCUAUCGGGCUGCUGUUCUUCAAAGGAGAGAAAGGGAAGAGUUCCUGAAAAUGAGACAUUCUGCUGUCGUCCUUCAAGCAGCUUUCAGAGGCUGGCACACCAGGAGGGACAUUAGCCAACAAAACCACGCUGCUGUUGUGAUCCAGUCGUGCUGGAGAGGCUUGGUGGAGCGGCGUCUCUUCCAAAGAAAGAAAGAUGCAGCCGUGAAACUGCAGCAGAGGAUUCGGGCCGUGCAGGUCGGCAGGAAGGAGAGGAACAAAUACAGCCAAGUGAGGCGAGCUGCCAUCACGCUUCAGAAACACUGGCGAGCCUGGAUUGUGAGACAGCAGGCACUAGAGGCAGCCCGGGCAGAAAGAAGGCUGCGUUUUACAUCAGCUGUGUUUCAUCAUCUCAGUGCCAUAAAGAUCCAGCGAGCACUCAGAGCUCACUGGGCGUUGGAGUCGGCUAAAAGACAGAUCCAUUCUGUCAUCACCAUACAGCGACUGGUGAGAGCGAAGCAGCAGAGGAGACGUUAUCUGGAGGACAGGCUGAAGGUGGUUACAGCCCAGAGAGCAGUCAGGCGCUGGCUAGCCCUCCGCCACAAGGCUGCAUCUGUCAUCCAGCAGGCUGCCCGGAAAUUCCUUCUCCUCAGGCGCCAGAAGAGGGUGCAACGGGGUAUUUUCAAGGCCCAGGCUCUGUGGAGAGGACACCGCUCCCGCACACUGAAUGACAAUCCCAAGGUUGUCAAGCUGAGGCAUCGCUUACGCCAGAUCACUGCCGGUGUCCGAGAGGAAGACAAACUGUGCAACAAGACUUCAUCGGCGUUGGACUACCUCCUUCGUUACAAACACUUUUCCUACAUUCUGGAGGCCUUGAAGAACCUGGAAACCACCACCAGGCUGUCCCCAGAGUGCUGCGAGCGGCUGGUGGAGAGCGGAGCCACCAACGUCAUCUUCACACUAAUCCGCUGCUGUAACAGGAGUGUCCCCUGCAUGGAUGUCAUCACCUUCUCCAUCCAGAUCCUCCUCAACCUUUCCAAGUUCCACAAGACCAUCGAGGCGGUGUAUUCAGUGGAAAACUCUGUGGAGACACUACUGGAUCUGCUGCAGAGAUACCGCGAGAAGGCAGGGGAUAAAGUGGCUGAAAAAGGAGGAAGCAUCUUCACCAAGGCCUGUUUCCUUCUCGCUCUCCUGCUGCAGGACAAGCACCGCACUGAGGAGGUCAAGAAGCUGCCCAAGGUCUUGGAUAGGAUCCACAGUAUUUACCGCCUCACUGUUCGCAAACACAAGAUGGACACAGAAAGAACAAUUAUCAAGCAGAAAAUGAACGCGUCAGUCAAUGGGAGCUUCUUCGUUCCAGCGACGCCUCGUAAAUCCCGCGCUGCACCAAAGUUUGCACCAGAUUGGGUUCUCAGAAGAGACAAACUCAAAGACAUUGUGGACCCUCUCAGAGCCAUUCAGAUGGUGGCAAACACACUGUCCAUUGUGUUGUAAAUAGACAUGCUGUUAUAUAUAUUUCUAAGUCAAUUAGCU